GGAAGCCUCUUUGUCACGAUUUGCUCUUGGCCAGGCUUCUGUCUGUAGACCAUCCCUGGGCCAAACAUUAUCUUGGGGCAACGAGGCACACGUGAUCUUUACCACGUCAACGUCAACUUCUUUACUUGGGGUUCACUGUGUGUUGGCGUAUAGAGAGCAGUCAUCAUGUCAUAUUCUGAGUCCGAAGCGGUCGCGAAGGACUUCCAGGAGGCCCUCGAAGACAUCCAGUCCAACGCACGCUAUGAAAUUCAAAACUUGACCUUAAUUGCGAGAGAAAACACUGAGCACGCGCUGGCCAUAUCAGGCGCUCUCACAGAUCAUGUCAAACGGGCCGCACCACACAAGAAGCUACCCUCAUUAUACGUCCUCGACUCGAUCGUCAAGAAUGUCGGCACCCCAUACACGCUGUUCUUUGGCCGCAAGCUCUACCAGACAUUCAUGGAUGCUUAUGCGUCCGUGGACAUGACUACAAGGCGAAAGAUGGAUGAAAUGCUCAAGACAUGGAAAGAACCUGUGCCUGGAUCCAUUGACACCCGGCCGGUAUUCCCCCCGGAUGUCGUCCGGCCCAUCGAGAACGCCUUGAUCAAGGCUCGGACGAACGCGCUUCAGGCACAGCAGGGCAUGGGACAACCACACAUGAUGGGCAGAGGCCGCCCGAUGCCUCAAGGGAUGCCGUACCGUGAAUCCGCCACGCCUCCAGGUGCUCGUCCCUACUAUGACCAGCAGGGGCCGCCUCCCGGACACAACGGUCCUGCGUAUGGCUAUUCCGCACAGCCACCCUCAGGACCGUUCUAUCCGCCUCAUCAACAUCAAACUCAGCCACCCGCUCGUUCUACGCCGCAACCAUCAUCUCACACUCCCGCGUUUCAACCUCCAACGCACCUUGGCAGUGGCUACCCUCCGCCGCAGGUUGGCAUCAGCAUAGACUCGUUGAAUGAUGAUAUCCAGAGGCUGAUUGCAGCCUUCCGAGCCCAGAUGGCUCAAAGCCCACAUGACCCUAGCAUACAGACGAGGUUGAAGGCGCUGAUGGACUUGCAAACUAUAUUACAACUGCAGAACCUGCCUCAAGAGCAGCUAGUGCUUGUAAAGAACCAGAUAACUGAACUUGCCGUGACAAUAAGGGCGCCCUCUGCUCAGGCGCCCACUCCUGUACCACCCGUAGCAGUUGCGCCACCACCGCCGGCGCCAGCACCUCAGCCUGCGGCGGCACCGAAGGUAUCAUUGGAUUCAUUGCUCGGAUCCGGAGCACUUGCGGCGCUCAUGGCAAGGAACUCGGCCACACCCCAGCCGCCAACACCUCAACCACCAGCUGCUGUCGCAGCUUUACGAUCACCACCACCACGUCCAGCCGAAAGAACGGCACCUCCGGCUGCUACUGCUCCCGCCGCUUCGUCAGGCAACCCUCUCGAACUGUUAAACGCUUUGAGAGCUGCUGGUCUGAUUGGCGGCAGCGCACCCCCUCCCCCAAGCAGCAAUGCGACUCCGGUCCCGGGCGUACCAUCUCUGCCUCACCCGCCGCCUCCGCCACCGGGUCUUCCAACCCUCCCAAUUCCUCUCCCUGGUCAGCUCCCAACCCAACCGCCGAGUUUAGAGUUUAUCACAGGAGAUAUCGCCUUGAAAGCGUCGUCGCUAAAACAAUUCCGACCACAUCUCCUGCCGCUCCUAUUUGAGGCCAAGGGUCCCCAAUGCACUCAGUGCGGUCGCCGCUUCCCAGCCACAGAAGAGGGCAGGAGGAAGAAGACGGCGCACAUGGACUGGCACUUCCGUGUGAACCGCCGCAUCACCGAAUAUGAGAAGAAAGGACAGCAUCGGAGUUGGCUGGUCGAUAAGAUGGACUGGAUCAACACCAGAGAGACCAUCGACCAAGACCACGGCGCCGACGCGUCCGGCAGACCGUACGAUCCGCUGUCUGGAGAUGCUGCCAACAAUGGUACUGAUGGUAGCGGCAAUCGCAAUUCUGCCUCCAUGCCGGGUGGUCAGGCGCGACGCAGAGACUGGAUCCCGGUCCCCGACGAUCCGGUGCUGGCCAAUAGCGUGUGCCCAAUCUGCCAGGAGAAGUUUGAGAUGCGCUGGCUUGACGAUGCGCAGGAGUUUGUCUGGCCCGACGCUACCCGUGUAGGUGAUCGAAUUUACCACGCCAGCUGUCAUAGGGAGGCAACAAAGGACGAUAUCACGAUGCUGCCGAUCCAUGCUGGUGGAGCUAGGGCCACGCCCGAGCCGGUGUUGGGAAAGAGGAAGGCCGAGAGCGAGUUGACGUCUUUGCGUGGCAAAAUGAAGAUGGAAGCCGCCUAGGCACAUCCUCACCUAUUGCUGGAGAUAUCAUCCUUGGACAGGCCACCCAGCGAGGACUCGCGAGAUGCUUAAUAGCAAUAUCGGCACAGCGCCAGUCGUCCCUAAGAUCAAUGCCGUGGUGCCGCAAUCGCCCAUAUGAAUUGUUGCGUCAUUGCCAGUGGUCUGUCUGGUUCGGGAACACGCGCCUGCUCGUCACUGGCAACCGAACUUAC